GGAAUAGGUUGGGGGCCGGGGAAGGAAAGCGCCUCGCUCAUUUUUCAAGAGGGUGGGUGAAAGCUGCGGAGGAAGGGGUUGUUCGGAAGAAGACUCGAAACAUUGACUCAGCUUUCAGAUGCUGCUGGGGCUUUCUCCUGUGAAUUCAGUCCGAGGAAUGAGCUGCGCCUGUAUGGGCGGUAUUACGGUAGAGUGACAGUGCGCAUGUGGGGAAGGUGGUGCGGAGCCAGCCUGCUCGGUACCGGCCUAACGGGACGGCAGCGCUCGGGCUCCGCUUUAACGAACAGAUGCGCCGGCCCGGAGUAGGCGGCGCCGCUUUAAAGGAGUCGGCGUUGAUCGGGCGGAGCCGCUGGCGCAAGCGCGUAGCUGCCAAUGGAAUAGAUACAUUGUAACCGUGUAAGUUUCAGCAAUAUCAUUGUGGACUUUUCUUUCAAAUGAGUUCCUGAAAAAAGCCAACGAUGGACUGCACCCAGGAAAUGUCUUUCGGGCCAGAGCCCCUGGAUACGGAGCAAGAGCUGGGCUGUUGCUGUUCCUGCUGUGAGGAGUUCUCUGGGGACUCCCAGCUCCGAGGGAGAGCCAAGUCCAGGAGUCUGUCUUCAUCCCCGGCCCUGGUCGGCAGUGGGAAGGUGUACAGGAGGACGCGAUCACUCCAUGGACCAAGUCCAGCAACAAAAUUUGGACCAAAGGCUUGCAUGCUGCAGAACCCGAAGGCUGUAAUGCACAUUCAGGAUCCAGCCAGUCAACGGCUAACCUGGAGUAAGCCUCCGACAAGUAUCCUAGUCAUUAAAAAGAUCCAAGAUGAUCGUCUCCUUCAACCAUUUAAGGAUCUUUGCAUCUUCCUCAUGGAGGAGAAAGAUAUGAUUGUUUACGUAGAGAAAAAAGUACUUGAAGACCCCACCAUUGCAAAUGAUGAGAGCUUUGGACCACUAAAGAAACUGUGCACUUUUAGAGAAGGCUAUGACGAUUUAUCUGAUCGGAUAGACUUUAUAAUUUGCCUUGGAGGAGAUGGCACCUUGCUUUAUGCAUCAUCCUUAUUCCAGGGUAGUGUACCACCAGUGAUGGCAUUUCACCUCGGAUCUCUGGGCUUCCUGACACCGUUUAACUUUGACACCUAUCAGUCACAAGUCACACAAGUAAUUGAAGGGAAUGUUUCCAUUAUCCUACGGAGCCGACUCAAAGUCAAAGUGAUGAAAGAAAACUGGGAAAAGCGAGGUUGUCCAGAGCAUGCUGUGGAGGAGAAUGGACUGAUCGUGACCAAGCACGGAGAGAAUGAGUUAGGAAAGCGAGCAGUGCAGUACCAGGUCCUGAAUGAGGUUGUGAUUGACCGUGGCCCUUCGUCCUAUCUCUCCAACGUUGAUUUGUUUCUGAACGGCCGCCUGAUAACAUCUGUCCAAGGAGAUGGGGUGAUUGUUUCCACGCCGACUGGGAGCACAGCUUAUGCUGCAGCUGCAGGAGCCUCCAUGAUUCACCCCAACGUUCCCGCCAUAAUGAUCACCCCCAUCUGUCCACAUUCCUUAUCCUUCCGACCAAUUGUCGUACCAGCAGGAGUGGACCUCCAGAUUAUGCUGUCACCUGACGCGAGGAACACUGCGUGGAUUUCAUUUGAUGGACGGCAGCGACAAGAGAUUUGCCAUGGCGACAGCAUCACCAUUACUACCUCCUGCUACCCAGUCCCAUCGAUAUGCUUCAGGGACCCGGUGAAUGAUUGGUUCGAUAGUUUGGCCGAGUGUUUACACUGGAACGUGAGAAAGAAGCAAAGUCACCUCACGGAUGUGGAGGACUACUGAGAGCGUUUCAGGCACAGCAUGCCUAUGACAUCCCUGUUCAAUGGAGUUCCUUUAAACCUGCAACAUUGCGAAGAGCAUUCCUACAUAUCACAACAAUCUGUUUUGUGUGCGCUUCUUAAACAGUCCAGCAGGAUGGUCUCCCUCUCCAGCCAUUUGGUGAAGAGUGAGGUGUUCAUACCUGCUGCAGAUUGGGUGAAAACAGUCACACGUGUGUAAGUACUAGGUACAGACAAGACAGUUCCAGAGGAAGCAUUUUGAUAAUGUUUGCAGCAUUUGAUGCUCUGGCAUCUUAAGAAUGUCAACCAACUCCUCAUAAAAAUGCUGCGAAUCAAAAGGCUUGAGAGAAAUAUUGAGGAAGGAUUCCAAAUUAGCUUUCUUCAGUUGUUCUGAAGGAACGUGUGUCUGAAAUGUGGAUCAGUUCCUGAAAGCUGUGGUCGUGGCGCUCAGUAACAAUGACCCCCCUUCUCUUCCAGACCGACCAACCCUGGGACAACCUCAUCAAGUACUCUGUACAAACUCCAUCUCUCUCCUCUCACUGUCUCUAUUUUCCCGUUCUAUUUUAUUGCGACUGUGCAUUUUUGUUACAAUUUAAAGUGAUGUAUUUGUAAAGCCAGAGCAAUAGGCCUAUGACCUGCCAUCAAUAUCUGGCUCCGUCAUGUGUGAGAGAGAGAGAGAGAGAGAGACAGACAGACAGACAGACAUAGGGACUUUUGCUGAGUCAGCAUCUGUUUUGAGUUUUUACCUCAUUCUUGAUUUUGUCAAACUCUGACGGGUGCCCAGCAAGUUCAUCGUCACUUUGUCUUUUUCACAAGAAGAUCAGAAGUGCUGAAAUGCAGAGUAUGGGGUUUUGAGGGGAGGGAGGGGCUCAGUUGGCUGAAUGGUUGGUCUGUAAAACGCAGUGAUCCAACAGUGUGGGUUCAGUUCCCAUACUGGCUGAGGUUACUGUGAAGGAUUCCCCUUUCUCACCCUCUCCCCUCGCCUGAGGCAUGGUGACCCUCAGGUUAAACCCACCACCAGUCCCCCCUCUGUAAUGAGAGAGCAGCCUAUGAUUGUCUGGGACUACGGUGACUUUAUUCAUUGAGAAUUUAAGAAUAUUGUGUGAAUAAUUGCUUUAUUAAAACAAACCUAAAUCUUGUAAAGCUUUGAUAAAAACAAAAGUAAAGCCAAUCAUGUAAGGGUUAAAGGAUAGUUUAUUUCCUCUCCAUUUUGCUUCUGCUGCUUUGAGUAUUUAUUGUUGACAAUCUCUAACGUUGCUGCUCCCCAGUAUCCAGGUUGUUUGCCCCCAUCUUAUAGCUGCUGUUGAGGUCUGAUGACGUUGUAAGCUGGUUCAUGCCAAUUGUCAGGUUCACCUGAGGCCAAGGAUCAAAUUCUUUACCCCUCCUUUCUGGGUGAUUUUAAAAUAUUGUGAUUUAUUCAGUGGGAUGUAUUCCCUGGUGUAAAUCCCUUGUGUGUCACUUAAAGAAGAACAAUGAGCAAGUAUUUGCAGCACUGAGCACAGUGAUAACAAGAACCAAGUCAGUGUAGGACAGACUGAGCCAUCAGCCCAUCUCGCUGCUGGAACGGCGUGUUGCUCUCACACGUGCAGAAAAGCUGCAUGACCUUUUGGCUGAUGUAUCCAAAUCGGAGCUAUGUCCCAAGAACUGUCUGUCACAGAAAUUCACUAAACAAUUAGGGUGCUGCGUUUUGCAGUCUGUCACAGUCAUUGCUAACAACUUGAGUCUAUAUCGGGUCGUUGUUAAAAGGAGGCUGAAGUUUCCGUUCCAGCAGCUGCUCAGUGGGAGUUACACUUCCUGGGCUGCUUUCCCUCCUGACCUCUGUGAGGCUCAAACACCUGGAUGCCAUUGUUAAGGAUUCUUCUUCCAGUUAACAUCCAAAUGUACAAAACCUGAUGGAAUUGGGUGACAAAUGAGAACUUUCAAAACUUUUGGAUUUGAACAUACUGCCACUCUGUUUGGAAGGGGAUACACUAAAAGUCUGAAACUAAUCUAAAUGGAUUCAUCCUCAAUGGGUAGAAUUGACGGGGCUGUUCUCAGUAAAAACACACACAACUGCGUGAUCAUUACUGAUCCUGGGCUGGGAUCGAAUGCUGCUUCAGAUCAUCACAAUAGCAUCAAUGUGGAGGAAUUAAAGUUUUCAUUUUGAAUCAGACUGGUUCACCUUUCAGCUGGGAUUUCUGAAAACCCAAUCUGGGCAAAUCUGUAACAUAUGAUAAUUACAUGUCACUGUGUCAGGGUCUGAAGGAUACAUUGGAAGUCCUGUUAUUUCAAGCAGGUUAAUUAACACAGGAAGUAUUGUUUAGUUGCACACAGAGAGCAACUUUACUGUGCACUCAGCGGGAUGGUUUAGCUGGUACAGAAGGUUUUAAAUUGAAUUUAUAUUUCUCCAAUACAUUCUGACCUCUAACAGUUCAGGAAAUGGCCUGCAUUGAACUUAGAAAAGUAAACUCAAUUUGUUUUGAUAAAUAAAUGUCAUAAAUACAUUUUAGUUCAUGUUGCUAUUGCAGCAAAGCUCAUUUUAUUUUGCUGUUUAAUUAGAAAGUGUCCCAGAUAAGGCAGACCAUAAAUAGGCAUGUAAAUGUAAUUUAUUAACGUAUCGGGUAUUACAUUGGAUCCCCUGUUAUCAUAGAAUCUCACGUUGAGUACUAGCACCAGUCUCAUAACAGGAAGGUCUGCAUCUGUACAGAACCUUUCACAACUUCAGGAUAUUCCAAAGGGGCUUUACACCCAGUGAAAUACUUUUGGAGUCACUGCUGUAAUUUACAAUUUUUUUUUAAUGUGGGUGGAUAGCGAGCAACAUUAUCCCACCAUUUGCAUGCACCUUCCAGUGAGAUUCACUGGAUAACUGUUGGGAGCUGGAAUUUCGAUUCUUACAUUUUCUUUCAACCUCUUGCUUUAGACACAGAGCAAUCUUUGCACCUGAUUCUAGUUCCACUGAACAAGGUCAGUUCUGUGUGAUUAGCAGUGAGUUGUGUUAACUUCCUUUCGGUUUGCAUGGGAAAUGUAUUUCCAACAAACUCACACUGAGCCGAGCACGAGUUUCACAUGCGUGAUGUUUCUUAAAUGAACAUCAGAGUCAGUCGAGGAAUAUUUUAUACCUCUGCCUUUUUUUAAUGAGUUCACAAUUUCAACAACAGUGUCGCUUUUUUCCCCUCUGGUAUGAGCCAGGCCACUUCAGGAAAAUAUCUGACAAAUAUCCCACUUUUGAAAAAACCUGUUUUUAUUUCACAAACAUCCAGUCACAUUGAGAUUUGAAUCUCUCAUUGAUCGAUCAAGGUAAGAGAAUACUGGAAAUGCCCAUCUUUCAAAUGAGAAUGAUUGGUUUAAUUCCAACUGUUCAGCUAAAUCACAUAAUUCUAAGGCAGGGUCAAAUCCAUGUCAUUAAACUUUGUGUUUCUUUCAGAUGAUUAUCACUAGCUUAGUAUCACCAACAUUUUUAUAUUUGUCAAGUUUCAUUUCAAUCUUUCUCUUCUGUAAUUGAUGAACUCAGUGAUAACUGUUUACUCAGUGGUUUCCUACUCCCUGGAUGGUACAACGGGAACUGCACAGAAGGGGUUUCUUUUCCAGUUAUCAUUAAUUCAUGGGAUGUGGGACCACCAUUGUCCAUCCCUAAGCCCCUCCCCAGGAGAAGGAGCUGAUGAGCUGCUGUUUGACCUACUGCUGUCCACAUAGUAUAGGGACACCCACAGUGCCCUUCGGAAGGGAGUGCCAGGAUUUUGACCCAAUGACACUGAAGGAACGGCAAUAUAUUUCCAAUUUAGGAUAGAGAGUGGCUUGGAGGGGAACUUGCAGGGGAUAGUGUUCCCAUGUAUCUGCUGCUCUUGUCCUUCCAGAUGGGAGAGGUCACGUGUUGGAAGGUGCUGUCUGAGGAGCGGAUGCAGUGCAUGCUGUAGAUAGUAACAGGCAAACUGGGUAGUUUAAAAUGUACAAUUUAACUCAUUCAACUAAACUUGUUUAUCAGCAUGUGUGCAAUUAGUUCACUUUACACAAAAGGUAUUUGAUGGAAAUGAGUUCCAGCUGUAAGUUGAAGCUGAUUUGGAAUCAGUUUGAAGGUGGACCCAUAAAAUGUUGCAAACUCUGGUUUGUAGUGAGCCAUGUCCUGGUCAGACACUGUUGUUACAAUCCAACUUUUCCCCUUUGGUGAGGAUCAUGAGGAAGAUAAAGCAAGAUCAGCAUUUAUCUUGUUGGUUGUUGGAGGUUGCCGUGGAUUUCUAUUUAUUUUGAUUCUGAUCCCGGAGUCAUUUCGAAAGGGAUGUGUUUAGUGCUGAAUCUAUACUGUGGUAGGUUUUGACAAUAAUGGAUCAAAGUGUGUUCUUUGUUUAUGCACCACCUUAAUCUGAACGUUCGACCCUCCCAACUCGAAAACCAGAAUCUGUCUUAUUCCUACAAUGUUGAAUGCACUUUCCUCCUGUUUAAGCCAUGAAAACAGAGUUGUGUGUGUGUGUUUCCUAGUGUGUACGUGCUAGUAAUCCAUCCUGUCUUGACAAGGUCGGAAUGUACCUUCACUCUUGCACUUUCAUGGUUUUGCUUGUGGGAUUACAUUUGAAUGUGACUUGCAGUGCAACUUGACUCUUUUACAUAAAAAAAACUUCCAAAGGUUUGCUGGUUGAAUCUUCUUUGAUCUUGUACUAUUGGGUAAUAAUUUAUUGUAAAGGUCUAUAUGUUAUUAAUUAAACUUCUUGGCUGCCUUGAUUGGAAUGCUGACGUUAAUGUUUUUUGAACCUGUAAUAUUUCCUGGGGAACUGUGUGAAAACCAGCUUUUCCUCUGUAGAUUUUAUUCCUCCAUUGUUGAAUUAAUCAGUAAAACAGAACUAAAUCUCCAAGCAAAUUAUGAUUCUUUUUACAAAGAAUGUGUUUUCUAAACUCUAAUAAAUCUACACAACAUUUUGUUAAAUUCUUAACCAAUGCCACUUAUCUUCUCUACAUAAUGUACCGAAUGCAGUGGACAGUUUCACUUGUAAUAGUGAGCUUAGAUAAACCUCUCUCAGUACUUCCGAAAAUGUAAUAGCAGUCCUAGCAGACUUGGAAAUGUGUUUAAAAUUGUGUAAAAGCUACACACAUUAAACCAACUGCCUCUUAUAAAUUUAUCAUUAACUGUGCAAUUUUAUUACAUUAGAAUUUCUACUUAAAUGUAAAUAUAUCAUUAGAUUUUGAUUGUAAUUUAAAUAUCUUUUAAUCUUCAAUUGUUCUUGGACUUUAUUCAUUUGAUUUGAGUUUGGCGAAUUGUAACAUUUAUAGCGAUUCAACUUCUUUUUAACAACCAAUUUGAAGAAUCCCAGUGCUUCUAAAGUUUCCUUUCUCUGGUUUUAUUGUACUCUAUGUUUGGGUUUUUAUUUAAAUCUGAAACACAGUUGCGUCGAACGUACUGAAAAGGUUCAGACCCUGAACCGUGAAUUACCAGCAAAUUGAAUAGUUUCUGCAUUGUAACUGGGAUCAUAAUGUUUUCUGUUUAUACAACUUGAUAUUUGUUGAACAUUAGUAAAAUUGUUAUAUGUAGGAGACUAUUUUUCAAAUCUUUUACUAAAUAAAUUAACCUGUGUUUUAUA